AACUCUCCUCGCUUUCGUACCUUUUCUCAAAAAAAAAAAUAAAAAUAAAAAUAAAAUAAUAAUAUAGUAAUAAUAAAAAUGAACGCAUCAAAUACGAUCUCGCGAUUUGGUUCAAAAAAUUUUACAAUGUGGUUAACGGCAUCGAUAGUUGGGGGAGCAACACUUUACAGUUUUACCAAAUCUCAAGUACAAAGAACAGGUUUUCAGUAUGAUUUAUCCUCUCAUUCAAAUGGUAAUAUUGAAAAUUUAAGAAGUGAAUGGAAAAAGCAAAAUAAUGGUAUUGGUCUAAAAGAUGUUACUCGCUCUUGUGGUGGUGUUUGAGGUCUUCUUGUUUUUUUUUAAAAAAAAAGAAAUAUAUAUAUAUACAUGUGUAUUUUUUUAUUUUUUUUCUUGCGACUUUAUGUAAAUUAUUAAGUUAUUAGCUUUUUAUUUCUUUUUUUNUUUUUUUUUUUUUUUUUUUGCUUUUUUUUUUCUUUUUGUAUAUAAUAUUUUUUUUUAAAAAAAAAAUGUUCUCACGGAAUGGAAGAUCAUGUAUUUUUUAUUCACGGAUUUCGGCAAAUUACGGAAUUUUUAUUCACAAUCGAUUACGUUAGAUUAUGUUGGGGGCGACUAAAAACAAAAAAGAUAAUGUAGAUCAUUGGUCUAUUUGAUAUAUAAUUGUUAUCAAGAAAUAAAAAUACUUUUUUCUCUUCAUUAUCAGUU